AUGAAAGACUGGUGUCUGAAAUCCAUUGCGAUGUUUGAUCCUCUCUCGAUCUUACCAAUGGAUUCUCCUUUAUUCCUUUGGACCUGUGUUGCUCUAGUCGUCUUCUUCACGCUUUUGGGUAUCAUAUCUAUCAAGGUUUAUAGUUAUAGCAAAUUCAGAUUCCGUCAAAAUAACAGAAUAUUGUUGCAUUCUUCUUCUAUAUCUCCAUCUCCUCCAUCUUCUUUACCUCCCAAUUGGAUACAUCAUGUCUUCCCAAGCUUCCACGGGGAAGAUGUUCGCAAAACCUUUCUCAGUCAUAUCUUGAAAGAGUUCAGAAGCAAGGGAAUUGACCCAUUCAUUGAUAACGAUAUAGAAAGAAGCAAGUCCAUCGGUCCAAAGCUCAUAGAAGCUAUUAGAGGAUCUAGGAUCGGUAUUGUCAUUCUCUCAAAGAGCUACACAUCUUCGACAUGGUGCAUGAACGAGUUGGUCGAGAUCAUGAAGUUUAGAGAAGCGGUGGGUCAAAUAGUGAUGACCAUUUUCUAUGAAGUAGAUCCAACUGAUGUAAAGAAGCAAACAGGAUAUUUUGGGAAGGUUUUCAAGAAAACUUGCAAAGGUCAAAGAAAAGAAGACAUUAAAAGGUGGAAACAGGCUUUGGCGGGAGAAGCCACAAUCGCCGGUUACCAUUCAAGCAACUGGGAUUAUGAAGCAGAGAUGAUCGAGAAAAUUGCCAUGGAUAUUUCAAACGAGUUGAAUAAGUCUAUGGCAUCAAAUGAUUUUGAAGAAUUAGUUGGGAUGAGAACUCAUUUGGAGAAGAUGGAACCUUUGUUACGCUUGGAUUUGAAUGAAGUGAGGAUGAUAGGGAUUUGGGGUCCACCCGGGAUUGGUAAGACCACUAUUGCCAGAGUUUUAUUUAACCAACACUCGGAAAGUUUCCAGCUGAGUGUCUUUAUGAAUAAUAUCAAGGCAAUGUAUAAAAGACCUUGUUCCGAUGACUACAGUGUGAAGUUGCACUUACAACAACAGUUCAUGUCUCAAAUAAUCAAACAAAAGGAUAUUGAGGUUUCUCAUUUAAGAGUUGUACAAGAAAGAUUAAACGACAAGAAGAAUUUUGCUGUUUUGGAUGGUGUGGAUCUGUCAGUACAAUUGGAUGCCUUGGCGAAAGAAACUCGGUGGUUUGGUUCUGGAAGUCGGAUUAUCAUCACAACAGAUGAUUUAAGAGUUUUGGAGGCACAUGGGAUCAACCAUAUUUACAAGGUGGAUAUUCCACCAAGUGAUGAGGCUCUUAAAAUAUUCUGCAUGUAUGCUUUUGGUCAAAACUCUCCUAAAGAUGGUUUUGCGGAGCUUUCUUGGAUAGUUACAAGAUUUUCCGGUGCACUUCCUCUAGGACUAAAGGUUAUGGGUUCCUAUUUCCGCGGAAUGUCCGAGAAUGAGUGGACAAAUGCACUUCCAAGGCUAGGGAACAACCUUAACGUUGGUAUUCAAAGCAUUUUGAAGUUUAGUUACGAGGCUUUAGACGACGAAGAUAAAGAUUUGUUUCUUUACAUAGCCUGUUUAUUCACGUAUGAAAGAGUUGAGAAACUUGAAGAAUAUCUUGCAAACAAUUUCUUGGAUGUAAGACAAGGGCUUCACGUCUUAGCUGAAAAAUCUCUUAUAACUAUCACUUCACAAGGUAUGUACAUGAUGCAUAAUAUGCUAGUUCAACUAGGUAGAGAAAUUGUUCGUAAGCAAUCCAUUCGUGAGCCCGGGCAACGCCAGUUUUUGGUUGAUCCAAAAGACAUUUUCGAAGUACUCACUGAUGAUAAUAAAGCUGGUAGUAGAAGUGUUAUUGGCAUUGAUCUCAACUUAUAUAUGAUCGAGGAAAAUCUAAAUAUAAGUGAAAGAGCCUUUGAAGGAAUGACUAAUCUCCAAUUCUUAAGAUUCAGUGGUCAUUUUGAUUAUCACAAAAGAUUGUUCUUGCCAGGAGAGUUUCUUAUGGAACUAGUUAUGUGUGAAAGCAAGCUUGAGAAGCUCUGGGAAGGAAUUCAAAGAGGCGGAAGCAAUAGCCAGAGAGAAGGUCAAGAACCGACUGGGACUUGA